UCCGCAAACACGCAAGCAAAUAACACACCACCCAUCUCACCCCCGCACGACACCUCGGACCCCGUAGCCGCUUCCCCUACACUUACCUCCACCUACCUCCACCUCCACCUCCACCUCUUACCUACGCCGACACCAAAAAAUAUGGGCAACAUCUGCUCGAAAUCCUCCAACUCGCCCGACGCCUUCGCCCGACCAGGUCGCGUCCUCGGCGCCGCCAACACCGACUCGGCCCCAGCCUCAACCGCAACCGCAACCCCCUCCGGCCCGCGCGCACCGCUCCCCAAAUCCACCUCUCACACAAACUGGGGAUCCGGGGAGGGAGGGAGGACAGUCGGGGCUGGGUCCGGCGGUGCGACGGCGACAUCUUCAUCGACACCGGGCACCGCGGACGCAAGGGCCAACGCUGCGUUGGCGGCGCAGAGACGCGCCGAGUCGGCGAAUCAGUCGGCCAACAAGGGAAAAUUGGGGUCGAAGUUGGCGGCCCAGAAGACGCAGACCCAGGCGCAGACGUUGAAUGAGGCGAGUCGGGCGGAGGUGGCGGCUCGGGAUGCGGAUGGGGCGGCUGAGGCGAGGCGGUGGCAAUGAGAUUUGGUCGGCGGGGCAGGGUUUGUGCUGUACAUACUGGGUGGGUGGUGAGGUUGUGGGUUGACAUUUCUUGUGGAGUUGGGAUACGCUU